AUGAUGUGGCAGGCGUUGGCAUCAGUGGUCUGUCUCCUCAUGUUCUCCACUGUGGCCACAGAGGAUUGCCUGUCCCGCUGCUCCCUGUGUGCAGUGAAGACCCAAGAUGGCGCCAACCCCAUCAACCCCCUGAUUUGCUCCUUGGAAUGCCAGGCAGCCUUGUUGCCCUCUGAGGAGUGGGGCAGAUGCCAGGGCUUCCUGCCUGUCGUGUCCCCCUCUGCCCGUGGGCUCCGAAGUGAUGAUGGCUUGCAGAGGGAGGCAGCAUUGGAAGAAGGUUACAGCGAGCUGGCCCAGCUCCUGGGGCCCUUCCUGAAGGAGCUGGAGAAAAGCAGAGGCCUCCCCAGCAUGCCGGCCAAGGAGCAGCGUCUCAGAGGACUCCCAGACAGGCUGGGGGAGGGAGGGGACUCUGGGCGGAUGGGGACGGGGGAGACCCUGCUGAGCAAUGGCGCCCUGGAGGCCCGUAUGCCUGAUUUUGGAGAGGAGAGUGCCAAGGAGCAGGUCAAACGCUAUGGGGGAUUUUUGCGCAAAUACCCCAAGAGAAGCUCAGAGGUGGCUGGGCAGGAGGAUGGGGAGGGGGACGGAGUGGGCCAUGAGGAUCUGUACAAACGCUACGGGGGCUUCUUAAGGCGGAUCCGUCCCAAGCUGAAAUGGGACAACCAGAAGCGCUAUGGCGGUUUCCUCCGGCGCCAGUUCAAGGUGGUGACUCGGUCUCAGGAGGACCCCAGCGCCUACUCCCAAGAGCUUUUUGAAGUGUAA